UUGGAUCCUUUUUCGCGUUCAUUACGGCGUCUCGCCUCGCGGUCUCGCUCGUGUUGUGCGCGUGCCUAUGUAUGUUUUCUUCUUCCUCAUCGGCCAACGUGCAGCGCGUGAACCUGUCCUCCGCGUUUGUUCUGUUCGGUUCGUCGUCGCAUCCAAGCAGCCCGACCAACACGAACGAUUUCUGGCUGUUUCGUUACGAGAUCGGCGAUAGCCCCGGCGUCCGCGUCGGUGGCGUUGCCUGUGGCUGGCGUGGUUGUUGUGCUUCGGACCCUGACGCGCUAGCGGUGGUGCCUCGUCGAGGCCCAAGUUUAUCGACAUGCCGAGCGUCAAAGAGUGCAACAAUGACAGCGAGGGCGAAGAGAUGGACCAGGAGACGCCAGAAAGUGACAAGACGAGCAACGAUGACUCGGACUCGUCGUCCGGAUCCGAAGAGGAUGACAGCUCCGAAAUGGACGAAGAAGAUUGCGAGAGGAGGCGAUCGGAGUGCAUCGACGACAUGGCUGACCUCGAGCGACAGUUCAUGCACCUCAAGGAACAGCUUUACCUCGAGCGAGCGAACCAAAUCGAAGCAAAACUUGAAGAGGUAAAACUGGGCCGCGCGCCUGAAUACCUGCAGCCGCUUGAAGACCUCCAGGACAACAUGAGGAUACGGAUAGAGGUCGCAGGUAUUCUGCGAGACAUGAGGUUGAAAAACAUCAAACGGAAGUACGAUGCUGAAGAAAUUGCUGCAUUCCAAAAUUUUGAGAGUGAACGAAAUUUACUGCGAGACUCGAUCCGGUGUGAACUUGAGGAUAAGAUCAGACGACUCGAGGAAGACCGCAACAGCAUCGACAUCACGUCAGAUCUCUGGAGUGAACAGAUCACCCACAAGAAGAGCCGGCGCAAGACGGACUCGAUGACAACUGACAGGCGAAAGAAACCCGUCACCGUCUCCGGGCCCUACAUCGUGUACAUGUUGCGAGAAAACGAGAUCCUGGAAGACUGGACGGCCAUAAGGAAAGCAUUGAAGGCUGCAAGGCAGAAGAAUGACUAAUUCUGAAGAUGGAAGAAAUAUCGUGGAAUACUUGUGUGAUCAGCGACUGCCUUGGAACGUGCAUUAGAAGCCAGGCCACAGGACUUCCGAGUUGUACAUAGAAGCUGGGAAUGGGACAGACACGGUCAUCGGAACCAUCAGUGCUCAAGGAUGCAGUGCGGCACAGAAUGUGCAUUUCUAGCCAGCCUUUGCUCCCAGCCUGCCUUUCUUUUUUUCCUUGUGAACUUUGUAGCUUUUACAAUAGUUCUUUUAGUACAGUUAUUAUUUAGAAGUGUCUUACACAGCACUGUUUGCCAGUGUCUCAUCCCGAGUUUUGAAGCAAUUGUCAAGCCAUUUCAUGGAAUGUUGCUGCACAGCUGAUGCAAGGUCAUUUCUCCCUUUUUCUUUUAUUUUUUUUCUAGAAUUUGGUGUGCUGAGCAAGCUCAUUGUGCUGCCUCCACAUCAUGUUGACCUGUAAAUAAACAUUGUUUUCAAUGACGCA